AACCCAACACUCACCCCUAGAUGAACUUAACAUCCCCCACAUCCACCAGUAUCCCCCCCCCCCCUCUCUUCCUCCUCCUCCCCCAAACCCUCAACAGUAUCACCUGCAACCCCAUGAAGCUAAUCUUCCUUCACAAACCUCGACACGCACAAACUUCUCAUAGCUACCUAGCUUUCCCCAAUUAAGGGAUAUGGAAGAAAGAGUACUACUGCUCCUUCACCUCACAAUCUUGUGCCCCUAGCUUCACACCCUAAAUCUCCUCCUUCUCCCCCCCCCCCUUUGACCCUUGAUGGUGGAGACUGCUAAAUUAAGCAAGCUGGGAAAAUACAAUAAUAGAGGGACACGACCCAGAAGUGCUACCUUCUUUGUUUUUGAGUAAUUGCUGCUCCUUUACUCCUUUCUCUUUCUAUUAUUUCUCGGAUUCAUUACACUUUGGUCGUAUCAUAUUCUGUGCAUUUGAAGAAGUGAAGUGAUCGAGAUAAGGGGAGCAGAACAUUAAUUAAUGGAUCCAUCAGUAACAGCCCACGGCCACUCCCUCCCGCCUCCCUUCCAUACCAGAGAUCUCCACCUUCACCACCACACCCAACACCAAUUCCACCAAAAUUCAGAAGACGAACAAAGCAGCGGCAGCGGCCUCAACAAGGGCCAGAAGCGCGACCGCGAUGAACCCAACAUCAAUGACAACCCCAACAACGGCUCCGAAGGCCGCGACAUCCUUGCCAUCUCCUCCGCAGAAGGCGAGAUCUCCCGCAGACCCCGCGGCCGACCCGCCGGAUCCAAAAACAAGCCUAAGCCCCCCAUCAUCAUUACCCGCGACAGCGCCAACGCCCUCCGCACCCACGUCAUGGAGGUCGCGGACGGCUGCGACGUCGUCGAGAGCGUUUCCACCUUCGCGCGGCGCCGCCAGAGAGGGGUCUGCAUUCUCAGCGGCACCGGCACCGUCACCAACGUGACGCUGCGUCAGCCUGCGUCGCCCGGUGCAAUUGUGACCCUGCACGGGCGGUUCGAGAUCUUGUCGCUGUCCGGGUCGUUUCUGCCACCUCCCGCACCACCGGCCGCGACGGGGCUGACCAUAUACUUGGCGGGGGGGCAAGGGCAGGUGGUAGGGGGGAGCGUGGUGGGGACGCUUCUGGCGGCGGGACCAGUGGUGAUAAUGGCGGCUUCGUUCAGCAAUGCGGCGUACGAGAGGCUGCCGUUGGAGGAAGAAGAUCCGUCCCUUCCAAUACAAGGCGGGUCGUCGAUGGGGUCGCCGGGAGGAGUUGGACAACAGCAGCAGCAGCAGCAGCAGCAACUUUUGGGUGGAGAUCCAAACGCUUCCUUAUUUCAUGGGAUACCGCCGAACCUUCUAAACUCAAUUCAAUUACCAGCGGCUGCUCACGAGGCCUAUUGGGCAACUGGUCGCCCACCUUACUAAUUGACCAACUUCAUUUGAUUUGGUAGACCGAUGGGUCGAUGGAUGAGAAGUGUUAGGAACUUAAUUUGUAGGUAGAGGAAUUUGGGGUGAUGGGACAUUGGGGUUUUUGAUUCUCUUUUGCUUUGUUUUUUUUUUGUUUUAAUUCACGUUUGAUUAUGAUCAGAUGAUGAUGGUGGUGG